AUGGGCGCCUAUCUCUAUGGGCGCCUAUCUCUAUGGGCGCCUAUCUCUAUGGGCGCCUAUCUCUAUGGGCGCCUAUCUCUAUGGGCGCCUAUCUCUAUGGGCGCCUAUCCCUAUGGGCGCCUAUCUCUAUGGGCGUCUAUCUCUAGGGGGGCACCUAUCUCUAUAGGCGCCUAUCUCUAUGGGCCCUAUCUCUAUGGGCGCCUAUCUCUAGGGGCGCCUAUCUCUAUGGGCGCCUAUCUCUAUGGGCGGCCUAUCUCUAUGGGUGCCUAUCUCUAUGGGCGCCUAUCUCUAUGGCGCCUAUCUCUAUGGGCGCCUAUCGCUAUGAGGCGCCUGUCUCUAGGGGUGCCUAUCUCUAUGGCGCCUAUCUCUAGGGGCGCCUAUCUCUAG